GGGACUAGCGGCGCUAAGUAUGCUCGCGGAGCAAGCGUAGAGCGGUGGUGAGGAAAGUGACGGUGUCACAGCAUAGGCUCACUAUAUGGUAAAGAAGAGGUAACUUAUUCUAGGUCUCAAAAUUGCGUUUUACAGCGGAAUGUUCACUCGAAGGGGCCAUGGAGACGUCAAGAAAUCUACACAGAAAGUUCUGGACCCAAAGAAGGAUGUAUUGACCCGACUGAAGCACCUCCGGUCACUGUUAGAGAUCAUUGAGAAGAGUGAAUUGAAGACCUUCUUCGAAAGCAACUGUUCGCAGAUUUAUUUUAUCUUCUAUGAAAAUUUCAUUACACUGGAAAGUAACUUAAAGCAAAAAGGGAACAAAUCUCAGAGGGAGGAGCUGGACUCUAUCCUCUUUAUUUUUGAAAAAAUUCUGCAACUUCUACCAGAACGAAUCUACAGUCGAUGGCAGUUCCACAGUAUAGGUUCUAUUCUGAAAAAGCUUUUGCACACUGGAAACUCGUUCAAGAUCAGAUGUGAGGGAAUUCGUCUGUUCCUGCUGUGGCUGCAAGCCCUGCAGAAUAACUGUGCAGAGGAGCAGUUCCUCAUCUUCGCCUGCCUGGUGCCAGGCUUCCCUGCUGUGCCCUCCACCAGAGGACCCUGCACCCUGGAUACCAUCAUCUACAACCCUUUCUCCAACCCGCCCGAUGCCAAGGUGGUGCCUGAGGAGAUUACACCGCUGGUGCCAGCUGUGCCAGGGGAGAAGCUGGCAGACGACCAGACCUGCUACAUCCUCCAAACCCUGCUCAAGUUUAUGGUUGUCCAGGCGUCCAGUUUAGAGUGGAAGAACAAAGACAACCAGGACACCGGCUUCAGGUUUCUCUUCAGUCUGUUCAAGAAGUACUACCUUCCUCACCUCUUCCCCUCCUUCACCAAGCUCACCAACCUCUACAAGCCGCUUUUAGACCUCCCCCACCACAGACCAAAGCCUCUGUAUGUCCCGGUGACCCGUAACAACGAGAGCACGUUCUGUACGAGAGACCAGUACCUGGCUCCCCGUGUGGCCUUCAUCACCUGGCUGGUCACCUUCUUCCUGGAGAAGAAGUACGUCAGCACCGCCACCCCCAGCGCCAAGAACGGGACUAACGAGGUCAUCCCCAAACUUAUCCAGACUGUCACUGCAGGUAGUAGCAGUCAGGAGAAGGAUAAAGACCGUGGUAGCGAGGGGGAGCCCAACGGCCCCACGGAGCCAGAGAAGAGCCACUCUAACAGUAGCACGCUGUCUGACCGGCGCCCCAGCGACUCCAGCCUGUGCAGCAUCGACGAGGAGCACCGCAGCGUCUACGACAUGGUGCACGCCAUCCUACUCUCCACACGGGACAACAUCAACUUCGUCAAUGAGGUUUUUCACCAGGCCUUCCUGUUGCCCUCCUGUGAGGCAUCAGCGACCCGGAAGGUGAUCAAGGUGUACAGGAAGUGGAUCCUGCAGGAGAAGCCAGGCUUCAUGACGGAGCCGGAGAAGAGCAGACAGGCCGAGGUGGAGGAGAACCCAGAGCAGCUGCUCAUCACGGAGCCCGAUAGCACACACACACAGGCGUUGGAGAGUCAUGGUCACAAACGCUCGUCCAGUUGGGGCAGAACAUACUCCUUCAGCAGUGCCAUCAGCCGGGGCUGUCUCACUGAGGAACAGAACAGAGACAUCAAGGCUGGCAUCCAGCCCACCCUGCAGGUGUUCCUGACCAACUCGGCCAACGUGUUUCUGCUGGAGCCGUGCCCAGACGUGGCCAAGCUACUGGACAACCAGGUGGAGGUGUGCAAGGGGGUGCUGAGCAUCUACCGCCACGUGAUCAUGGAGCACGCCAUGAACACACAGACAUGGGAGCAGAUGCUACAGGUGCUGCUGAGGAUCACUGAGGCGGUGAUGAAGAGGCCUCAGGAGAACCAAAGAAAAGACAUUUUUGCUGAGAGCCUGGCUGCCAUCCUUUUCCGGACGAUCAUCGUGGCGUGGGUACGGGCCAACCUGUGUGUGUUCAUCUCUCGGGAGCUGUGGGACGAGCUGCUGUCUGUGCUGUCGUCUCUGACAGGCUGGGAGGAGCUGGUGACCGAGUGGGCCAGCAUCAUGGAUUCUCUGACCGCGGUCCUGGCCCGCUCCGUUUACGGCCUGGACAUGAGCAACCUGCCCCUGGACAAACUCAGCGAACAGAAGGAGAAGAAACAGAGGGGACGGGGGGUGAUCCAGGACUCCCAGAAGGCAGCAGCGGUGGCCAGGUCCUUCUCUUUGAGCUGGAGGAACCAGGGAGACCAGCAGGGGGUACAGGAGCCCAUGAGGUUCCGCAGCGCUACCACCUCAGGGGCCCCCGGUGUGGAGAAGGCACGCAACAACGUCCGACAGAAAGCCACAGCUAAGCGAAGCCAGUCUAUCAGCAGCUGUGUCCAUCUUUACGAGGCUCUGCCCGCUACUAAAAGCGUUCCUAUGCUGCUUCACACUGUGAGCUCUUUCUUGCCUGGUCUCUCCUCCUCUUCCGGUAACUCUUGCUCUCACAGGCUUUCAGAUGUGGAGGAGGGCCAGUUGUCUGAGUGUGGGGGAGACGGGGAGCUGGAGGCUGGAGACAGCCCUCUACCACGCAGCAGCAGCACCUCCGACAUCACACAGCAACUGACUGACACCUUCCCAGGCCACAAGAGGGAGAACUCCCCCAACAACUCCUGUGGCUCCGAUGGCAGGGCGUCGGAAGCGAGGACAGACGGCGACCCGCCAGUGAUUCUGAUCCGGCGGAGCAGCAGUCCGGUCGAGCUGGACUACUCUGUAGAGGGACACAACAACUAUGCAAGGCCCACGCUCCAGGAGAAAAGUGUGAGUGUGAGCAGCGAGACAUCCAACGGCUACUUGAACGACGCUGACGGCAGCCUGCUGGCCUGGCAGGCCUUUGAGGAGGAGGCAGACACCCAGUCAGCCCAGAUAGAUGUCACAGCAGACACAGGGAGCCAGAGGAGCCUGCUGCUCAGCCACAAUGAGGCCCUGGCAGACAGCCGUGAGUGUCUGACUGAUGAUGUCAGCAUCAUCGCAGGCGGGAGCCUGACCGGCUGGCACGCUGACUCCGCCUUUGUGCUCUGGAGAAGGAUUCUGGGUAUCCUGGGGGACGUCAACAGCAUCCGCUGCCCCAGGAUCCACGCCAAGAUGUUCAGUUACCUCUAUGACCUCUGGCACAAACUGGCUAAGAUCCGGGACAACCUGGGCAUCAGUGUGGAUAACCAGUCAUCUCCUCCCCGGCCUGUUUUCAUCCCUCCACUCAGAAUGCUGGCCUCCUGGCUCUUCAAGGCCACCAUGCUGCCUGCAGAGUUCAAGGCGGGUAAGCUGCAGGCCUAUAAACUCAUCUGUGAGAUGAUGACCAGGAACCAGGACGUGCUGCCCAACAGUGACUUCCUGGUCCAUCUCUACCACGUCAUGCACAAGGGCUUCACCAGCGUGGACCAGGACGUUCUGAACACGGUGAUCCGUUCCUUUUCCCCGCGGUUCUUCUUCCUGGGCCUGCCUGGCUUCACCAUGCUGGUGGGAGACUUCAUCACCGCUGCAGCACGCGUCCUCAGCAACGACUCCUCCGAGGCUCCGAGGAUAGAAGCACAGACCGUCCUUGGGUCGCUGGUCUGUUUUCCCAACCUUUACCUACAGAUUCCACUACUGCAGACCGUUCCCGGAACUGAUGACAUCGUCGUCGGGAACGAGGACAUCAAGGACUAUCUGGUCAACAUCUUACUGAAGACGGCACGGAAUGAACCCUAUGAAGCGGCCAGGUGUAUAGCUGUAUGUAGUCUGGGCCUGUGGGUAUGUGAGGAGCUGAUGCAGCAGAAUAUUCACCACCAGGUGGAGGAUGCCAUCAAUGUUCUGGGCGUAACACUAAAGUUUGGGAACAAAGCUGUGGCUCAGGUAGCCUGUGACCUGUUCCAGCUCCUCAUCUCUCACUGGGAACACCUCCAGAGGCUAGAGCGCUCUCUCCCAAAGAAAAUCAUUGAGAUCUUUGUGGCCACUAUAGCAUUUCUGUUGCCGAGUGCAGAGCACUCGACAGUGGAGGCUGACAAAAAGCUAAUGGUGUCUUUGCUGCUGUGCCUGCUGGACUGGUGCAUGGCCAUGCCCCUGAGUAUGCUGCUGGAGCCCAUCACCAUGCCGGUGCUGGAGGACCCCACAUCCCACAAGGCCCCUCUGCUCGACUACAUCUACAGGGUGCUACACUGCUGUGUCUCUGGCUCCAACCUGCACACCCAGCAAAGCCACUACCUCCUGAGUCUGUCUGACCUCUCCACUGACUACGACCCCUUCCUCAUGCUGGGCCAGGUCCAGAGCUCAGAGCCCCUUCUCUCGCACACCGCUGCAGACUUGGGCAGCCUGCUCACCGUGGCCGAGGAGAAGAAAAGGCGGAACGUGGAGCUGAUCCCUCUGACAGCACGGAUGAUCAUGACCCACCUUGUGAACCACCUGGGCCACCAUCCCCUCAGCGGUGGCCCCGCCCUCCUGCACAGCCUGGUCAGUGAGAACCACGACAACCCCUUUGUGGAGUCAUCAGAGCUCUCCUCUGAGGUGUUCAAGAGCCCCAACCUGCAGCUGUUUGUGUUCAACGACAGCACCCUGGUGUCCUACCUCCAGGUGCCCUCGGAGCCCUCUGGUCCAGGGGAACCCCACGACAACUCCUCCCAGGUGCGCGUCAUCGUCAGGGACAUCUCUGGGAAGUACUCCUGGGACGGAGGGGUUCUCUACCGCACCCAGGAGGGAGUCAAUGGGAUGCAUCAGGCGAGUGAAAACUCCUCCAACCACUCCACCACCAAGCCCACCUCGCCGGGGACCACUGAGCUCUCCUGCCCCCCAGACUGGGACUCCCAGUCAGGCUGUGAGGAGGUGGAUGUCCUGGACCAACUCCUGGAGGACCUUGGCAACAGCAGCCCGGAGUGCCUGCCCCAGCCCCGGCUGAGGCUCAACCAGCCAGCCCCCUCUCCCUGUGGGAUGAACCUGGAGCUGGAGGGGGCCAUCGUGGAGGCCAUCCUCAGGCAGACACAGCAGGAAGAGGAGCAGGUGAAGAGGUGGAACGCAGACGUGAGCGUCAAGGCCGCCAGCCAGAGAGAACCCACUCCACAGGAGCCUAAAGCCCCUUUCUACUUCUGCAGACUGCUACUCAACGACCUGGGCAUGAACUCAUGGGACCACAGGAAAAGUUUUCAUCUCCUGAAGAAGAACUCUAAACUCUUGAGAGAAUUGAAGAAUUUGGAUUCCAGGCAGUGCAGAGAGACGCACAAGAUCGCUGUGUUCUACAUCGGAGAGGGUCAGGAAGAUAAGUGCUCCAUCCUGUCCAACAGCGCAGGCAGCCAGGCCUAUGAAGACUUUGUGUCUGGCCUGGGAUGGGAGGUUGAUCUAGCCACCCACUGUGGCUUCAUGGGAGGGCUUCAGAGGAACGGCAGCACAGGACACACUGCUCCAUACUACGCUACCUCCACGGUGGAAGUCAUCUUGCAUGUGUCCACACGCAUGCCGUCCAACUCGGACGACUGCCUCACCAAAAAGCUGCGUCACCUGGGCAACGACGAGGUUCACAUAGUGUGGUCGGAGCACAGCAGGGACUACCGACGCGGCAUCAUCCCCACUGACUUUGGAGACGUGCUGAUCAUCGUGUACCCCAUGAAGAACCACACGUUCUUCAUCCAGAUCAUGAAGAAACCACAGUGUAGAAUCACAUUUGGCGACGAUUACAGAUGUGAGUCUUUCUGGGUCCCCUUCUUUGGGCCUCUUUUCAACGGCGCCAUCGUCACCGGAACGCUGCUGCCCAGCCUUGUGCGUGCCACCUGCAUCAACGCCAGCAGAGCUGUCAAGUCCCGCCUGACGCUUUACCAGAGCUUCUAUGAGGAGCGGGCGCUGUACCUGGAGGCCAUCGUGCAGAACCACCGGGAGGUCAUGACCUUUGAGGACUUUGCCUCGCAGGUCUUCUCCCCUUCACCCAGCUACUACCCAAUGAGUGGGACAGGCUCUCUCAGCGGCAGCACGAGUGCUGAGCUCAGUGUUUCUUUAGGAACGGACCAGGCGGACCAGGUCUCCCCCACGAUUCCCCGUGCCACAAAGAACAGAGUUUCCGGAAAACUCCGCCGAUCAGCCAGCGCCAUAAGCAAAUCUUCCAACUGAGCUCUCUCGCCCGACCCACCUCCCAAACCUUCCCUGCUUCGUCUUUACUACAGGUCCUGCUGUGAAACUUCAUACCUUAACCCCUCAUGACUGCAGUUUGGGUGUGUGCGUUGUUUGUUUUAUAUCUCGUUUAAAAAUAUAACUGGAGCAUAUUGCAAUGUUUUAUUUAUGUGGCAGUUAUUGAUUCUUUGAUACAUUUCCAAUUGUUUUACUGUUAAACUGCAUAUUUGACCUGAAGAAAAGAUUUAAGCUAUUGAAGUUUGUUCCGAUGUUGCUGCAUUUUCUGAAAGAAUCUGAUUAAUAUCACUUGUCAGUCAGUACAGCGAUUAAAUAUAGACAGGGAAUUGACUGAACAAUCAUGUCUGGUGGCUUAAAGUCCACAUAUCAUCAACAUUUCAAAAUUCCCUUUCUAUGUCACAACAAGGAUCUCUAUGGUUGUGACAUAGAAAAGGAAUAUGAUCACCUAUAUGCAUUUUGGUAAAGGUCUUUCCACAAAAUGAGUUCCUUUUGUACCACUUUGAUAUUUUUAAGUAGAAAUUGUGCACCAAUAUUGAAUUUUAAAAGCCUCUUAUAUUAAAUUAAGUGCUCUUUAAAAGACUCCACAUGGAGAAUUCAAUAAAUCUGUUUUUCUUUCAUGAAUAAAGACUUGCUGAAGUGCCAAAAUGCAGCGUUUUGACAUUUCCCUCUGACUUUUCGGAAGAUGUUAACCCACUUAACCCUCAAAUUCCUCCAAGUCUUGCUUUAACAAAGUCAUUCCCUCAUUUUAAGGUCAACCCUGCUAUAUGAACUUUUACUAUAGUGUACUAGUAAUAAUUUUUUCAAAAGAAAUGUUGAACAUCUCAUAGUAAAAUCCUAGUGUAAAAGCAGGUUCUUGAUGAGCUGGUUAUCUUUUUGCCUAUUUUCUGGUGUUUUGUGUUGGAGAACUGAGCGGGUCGAGCAUAACACAUUAACCCAUAGAUAGACAGGCUAGAAAUGUUGUUGUUUUUAUUUCUAAAAUGGUGAAGCUGCAUUCAAUUGCCCCUCCCUGUCCCUGAACACAAGCUUCCAAUCCCCCUGUCGCAAGGGGAAUUAUGGCAGAUUUAAGAAUUUUAUUUAAGCUUUUAUUUAACUAGGCAAGUCAGUUAAGAGCAAAUUCUUAUUUACAUUGACGGCCUAGGAACAGUGGGUUGACUGCCUUGUUCAGGGUGAAAUCAUCAACCCUGUUACUUUUUUUGGCACUUAAUAGGCACUUAAUCUUUUUAUUUAACCUCUUGAGAUGGUAUAACCUGUUUUUUAUUCAGUUGAACAUGUGUUCUUUAUGAACACAUGUUAAAUGUUAAAAUUAUAUGAAAUACAACUUAUUUUUCUUCACCAAGUUACACUACCCAAAAGGGACUCAUUUCAUGGUUUUCCCAUCUCAUGCCCCCCCCCCUGCAAUUCUGCUCUGUAAAUCACUGAUACUCUUGCUGCUGACAGGAUAGGAUCAUAUUUAAGUGUGUUGUUUUGGCCUUGGCCUUGAGCCAUGGAAGCCUGUGUGUCUGUUUAGACCAUACUCAUCCUCAUGUUGUGGAGAGGUGGAAGGGCUGACAUAGGAGGUGCUGCUCUAGCAUAAUGCUGCACCACACCACACACUUCCUGGUUACGGAGGGCUGUGAGCCAAUGCAGUAGGAGUCUGUUUUUAAUAGUUAUGAACCUGGAGUGGACAAUCAAUGAUGUCUUUCCAACCCCGAGGUGAAUCGAAACUUGUGUUGGGUUUUUUAUCGCUGUAAGGACCUUUUUAAAUGGAUUCUGAUGGGUUUUUGUCUUCCUUUGGUUUAUGCAACUCUGCUAGAAAUGAGAAAAGACUGCAUUUGUAAUUGUUUAGUGAUGUUACCCUGUGUAGGAUUGUUUAACCUGGGUUCAUAACCUGUAAUCCAGUAACUUCCAUCUGGCUCUUCCUCUGCCAUUGUUCUCUCAUGUUGUAAAGUUAAGAAUGACAUUCCAAUGUUCCUACAGAUGAACUUUUGCACUCACUGUCGUUGAUAAACUAGCAAUGAAUGUGUAUUUUCUCUUUAUUCUUGGAUGUAAAUUGCUUUAUUUGAUGUUUGUGGUGUUGUAUAAUGUAUACAUGUGUUGUUUUAGAGGAAAACGCCACCAGAGCCUCAGGUGAAUCUUAACUCCAUGCACUGGUGUGUGUGUGUGUCUGUAUGGCUGUGUGUAUUUGUGAAGGAGCUUCUCGCAGUGCCUGUGUAAAGUCUGUCCACCAAGAUCCAUUCCAAGAACCCCACCACUGUAAACCACUGUUAGACAUCAUUGGAUUUAUUUUGUUUCUGUCCAUUGCAAGAGCAAAACGGCAAGCCUUGCCUUCCUGUCUCAUGUCUUUGUUCUAGAGGGAGAGACUGUUUUUUUCCCCCUGUGUGACUGUAAAGGUCAGUGUCUUGUCCUCCCCGUCCUCACACGUUUUAUAUGAACAGAAUGACUGGGUUUGGUCCACUUUUGUUUCGUCUUUAUUUGAGGUGCUCUGUUCUCCUUUCUCUCUGAAUUGGAAUCAAAUGGCACCUACUCCUCCUAUUUCCCAUGAUGCACCCCGAGUAACCUCGUGAGGCCACAGUGGAGGGGUGAGGGGCUGGGGAGUUAGAAGGCAUACCAGCGCUGUACUCUGGCGACCCUCUUAGCAACAGGCAGGCUGGCGCUAUGCUACUCACGCUGCCUCCUUCGCCACAACCUGCGCCUUUGGGUUGCCAUGGAAGCCAGGUGUUACGCACACAUUAUGCAGGGUUCCAUCAGAGCUGCAUCCCUGUCUGUUGCACUACUUUGCCUUACCUGUACAUCCUCUCUUUCUUUCAUUUUGUUCUCGCUCUUUUUUUUGUGUCCCUUUCUGUCCCAAGCACUGAUUAAUAACAUAGGAGGCAAGAACGGAGAGCUCGUUCAGAGAUAAUGAAGUCCAUUUUGUGAAUUUGAAGAAUGUAUGUAAAUACUGACCUGAGUCAGAUCAAUGCUUUCACCUUCCCAGUAGCCACUGUAAAGAACUACCCAGCUCUUUUUACCAGUCUUCUUAUGGAGUCUAAAUUGUAGAUUAGAUGUUGUGGAUGGGAUCCCUGUUAUAUAUGGGAGUAAAUGGGUGUAAGGUUUGAUUUGACCAGGGCAAGGAUUGUGUCUUACUCAAGACUGGUUCAACUCAUGUGAAGCAACAAAGUUAGUGUUAAUUCUAGGUUUUGGUUUAGGAAUCCUGUACAUUGUGUCAAAUCGAGGGUUUUAGUCCUUUACCAUAAAUAUAUUAAUGCCUGUAAUAUAAUAUUUGUAUAAGAGGAAGAGGGGAAAAAGGCUUGAAGAUUUCAUCAUUACUUGUUAACAUAUCAAACCGUUUUUAAUGACUGAAGUCAUGCUAUCUUUAUUAGAAAUGUGAAAAUCAAAAACAUUUCAUUAAAUCAAUUUGAAAUCC